GCGCUGUUUCAUUGAACGAGGUGGAGACAGGGGAGCGGGACAUCGGCCUGACGAGAGGAAUAGUAGGCAGUCAGCAGGAGACAAUUGCUGAGACCGAAAACUGUUUCUGGGAUGGAGCAUGUGAAUGUCUGGCAGAGGAGCUACCCAAACCUAGCCGUGGUGGCACGUGUGUUAAAUCAAGACCGAGGGGACUUUAUGGUGAGGAGAGAGGUCAGGAGCACUGGCUUCGUGAUUCAAGGAGAGCACGAUGAUAGAACUAAUCCGCAGCAGUACCGUAACCGUAAAGGCAGAGGCGGCAACAAGGGAAGGUCAUAUGACAGGUCCCGACGAGACCGCCAGCGAGGAGGCCACCUGGGUGGUUUUGGAGGUCCUGGGCCACGGUCAAGGCUGGAUGAUCCUGAUGGAGAUGUGACUAUGAGCGACAACUCCCAGGAAAGCAGCUCCCAGAACAGAUUCAACCCAUAUACAAGACCUCGGAAAGGAGGAGAUGGACGGUUUGACAGAGACAGACGUCAAGCCAAAGGAGGAGGAGGAGGUAACAGGGGAGGAGGUAACUUCAGAGGUGGAGGAGGCAGCAGUGGAGGAUUGUGGAAAAAUCGACCACGCUGGUACAGAGUAACAAUACCCCAUGGAAAAAAAUAUGACAAGAAAUGGUUAUUGACAGCUCUUCAGAACAUCUGUUCAGUUACUUACACACCUGUUCAGUAUCACGUUGACCAUUACCGAGCUCAUUUCUAUGUGGAUGACUCAUCUGCAGCUACUGCUUUGCACAAAUGUUCUCACAAAAUCACAGACUCGGAUGGCUACAAGGUGGAAGUGCACGUCAACCCCAGCAAUCCGCCAUCCUUUCUCCUUGCUGACCUGAAGCCUGAACACUUGGAGCACCUGAAGCAAUGCAUGGCCAAACGUUUUGAUGGUUCCCAGCAAGCCCUGGAUUUGAACAACAUCAGAACUGACCCAGACUUGGUGUCUCAGAACAUUGAGGUGAUCCUGAAUCGAAAGUCGAUGAUGGAGGCUGUUAUCAAGAUCAUCCAAGAAAACAUUCCAGAGUUAACAUGCUUGAACCUGAGUAACAACCGAAUUCAGAAACUGGAUGAACUCAGUGAACUGGUUUCAAAGGUGCCUCAUCUGAAGACCCUCAACCUUUCCCAUAAUGAGCUGAAGUCUGACCGGGAGCUGGACAAACUGAAAGGCCUGAAGCUGGUGGAGCUGUGGCUCAACAGGAACCCACUGUGUGACUUCUUCAAGGAUCAGGCCUCAUACAUCAGUGCUGUGCGGCAGAGGUUUCCCCGGCUUCUCAAACUGGAUGGUCACGACCUCCCACCACCCAUUGGCUUUGACGUGGAAACACCCACUACAAUUCCUCCAUGCAAGGGCAGCUACUUUGGCUCUGAUGAAAUCAAGGCUCUCAUCCUUCGUUUCUUGCAACAGUACUACAGUAUAUACGACUCAGGGGACAGACAGCCACUCCUUGAUGCUUACCAUGAUGGAGCGUCUCUGUCCCUCACUACACCAUACUCGACCCAGAACCCCUCUAGGAGCAGUCUGGGAGAAUACCACAAAGACACUCGCAACUUGAAGAGGGUUAAAGACUCCAUGAUGCGCUUUCGCCUGCUGAAGCACACAAGACUGAACGUGGUGGCUUUCCUCAACGAGUUGCCCAAAACUCAGCACGACAUUGCCUCCUUUAAUGUCGACGUGAACACCUACACAAACACACUACUGUCAUUCACAGUGAGCGGGGUCUUCAAAGAAGUUGUUGUUGAUGGGAAAUCCAGAGAGUCCACCAUGGCUUUCUCUCGUGUUUUCAUCACAGUCCCAGCAGGUGGCUCAGGUUUAUGCAUAGUGAACGACCAGCUGUUUAUCCGGAUGGCAACCACAGAGGAGAUCCGUCGAGCCUUUGUUGCUCCCGCUCCAACUCCAUCUUCGAGCCCUGUCCCCACCCUCACCGCACAGCAGCAGGAAAUGCUCACAGCCUUUUCACUGAAGUCUGGUAUGAACCUGGAAUGGUCUCAAAAGUGUCUGCAAGACAAUGAGUGGGAUUUUAACACAGCGGCACAAGUCUUCACCCAGUUAAAGACGGAAGGCAAGAUCCCUGAUGUUGCAUUCAUAAAAUGAAGCGUGUAAUCAUAAUUCUGUAAAUUAAAGUGUUUAUUUUA